AUGCUGACAUCAAAGACGGGAUCCUUAUCAAAUCAACAUAAUUUUACUCCUGAUAUGGAUCAAAGUGAUCACGCAAAAAUUGCCACCACCAAGGAUAAAGAUAAUAACACCAAAAUUUCUGAUUCUAUUGUGGAUAUUCCUUCUCCACCACCUUCAAAGACGGGUUCUAGUGUAGUUCCAGUUGAUGAAGAUUGGUCUAUUAUUUCUUCUUCUUCAGAUAUAGAUGAUGAAAGAUCAACCACUAGUUCAUUUGAAUAUCAAAGAGCAACUUCAGGUCCAACUGGGGUGUUUGGUGAUGUUUCUGGUAGUAAAGAAUCCUUAAAAGUUCCUCGUCAGUUUAUCAAUAAUGCUGCUUCUAGAUCAAGAUCAACGGCUAAUGAACAGGAAUCUUGGAAUGAUCUUGAAGACUCACAGAAUACUAUUUCUACUCCAUCAGGUUCUAGUAAAGGAGAUAUUGAAGUUGAAGAACAAGGAGAUGAAGAAGAGGAUUUAAUUGAUGUUGAUUCUAAGAUUAAGUUUUUUGAAAAUUUGAAUGAUUCUAUUAAACAGAAAUCAAAUCAGUUUUAUCAUGAUUUUGCUAAAGUUCAUUUAGACAAUUAUAUUACUGAGCAACAAAAACAUGCUGGUUGUAAUAGUUCAGGUAGUGGUGUCACCACCUGUUCUACUUCUUCAUAUUCAGAUGGAUAUGAUAUGGAUGAUACUAUUGAGUUGUUGGCAGAUGGUAGUCGUGUAAUCAUUGGUUCACCGGGAGAAUUGAAACCACCUUCUCUCCAAGAGAAACCAAAACCAAAGCAAAAGAAAGUCAAGUCCAAGAAGAAUAAAAAGUUAUUGAUUCGUGCUGUUGAACAGUUGCAGAUUUUCUUGGAAGCUCAUUCUGAUUACCUUUAUUAUUAUAUUUUUGCCGCUAUGAUUAUUGGUAUAAUUCCUGCUUAUUUUGCUGCUAAUUUCGUUUUGUUUCCUAAGCCAGUUAAACAGGCUAGUUGUGUUGAUAAAUUGGGACAAGUAUGGGAUACUUUAUUGUAUGAAGAUGUAUCACCACCAAGCAUAUUUGGCAAGAAGCAAAAAAUUAACAAGUUGUUUAAAUUUGGAACUCAGGUUAAAGAUACCAUUAAUGGAGAUGUAAUUCCUCAAAUCAAUUCAUUUGCCGAUAGAGUGAAUUUUUAUGCCACCAAUACAGUAUUCCCACAAUGUGCUAUGUUUUGGGCCAAAUCUCAGGAUUUUAGCAGAUCAAGUCUGAAUACUUUGGGCAAGUGGUGGACAGAGUACAGCACCAUGGGAUUGAAUAAAUUUGAUGAGUUUAGCAAGAUUGGAUAUGAAAAAUCUGGGGAAUAUAAAGAAAUAGGGUUGAAGAAUUUUGGAGUUUUGCGCAACACUACUAGUGUGUAUUCAAAGAUUUGGGCUAAAAACAUAAUAGCUGGUUCUAAUGAUGUUUACCAUAAUCUUAAAGUUGUAUUCAAGCAAGAAAGUCAACAUGUGAAACUUUUAUCUGAUAGUUUCGUUAAGAGAAUGAUUGUAUUUAAUGAAUAUCAAAAGGAUAAAGUUGAGAAAGGUUGGGGAGAGUUGGUCAGUUUAUGGAACUCUGAAGCUCCUAAAUUUAAAGCCACUUUAGACCAGAAUUCUGUGGAAAUUUACAAGAAUGGAAAAAAAAUGUUUAAUUUUGUUGUUGAAAGGUUUUCUUCUUAG